AUGGCCUCAAAGUUCCUAAGAGAAUACAAGCUCGUGGUUGUCGGCGGUGGUGGCGUCGGCAAGUCCUGCUUGACUAUCCAGCUGAUCCAGAGUCACUUUGUAGACGAGUACGAUCCAACAAUUGAAGGGUGUUCGAACAACAUGGCUGAUUCGGAAUCCUCUUCCGCAGAUUCCUACCGCAAGCAGUGUGUGAUCGAUGAUGAAGUCGCUUUGUUGGAUGUCCUGGAUACAGCAGGCCAGGAGGAAUACUCCGCUAUGCGAGAACAAUACAUGCGAACCGGCGAGGGAUUCCUUCUCAUCUACUCCAUUACAUCGCGCCAAUCCUUCGAAGAAAUCAUGACCUUCCAACAGCAAAUCCUGCGCGUCAAGGACAAGGAUUACUUCCCCAUCAUUGUCGUUGCCAACAAGUGUGAUUUGGAAAAGGAGCGUGUGGUCUCCGAGCAGGAGGGCGAAGCGCUCGCCCGUCAGUUCGGUUGCAAGUUCAUCGAAACCUCCGCCAAGUCCCGCAUCAACGUCGAGAACGCCUUCUACGACCUCGUCCGCGAGAUCCGUCGCUACAACAAGGAAAUGUCCUCCUACCCCUCCGGCUCCGGCGCGUUCGGUGCCCGCGCACCAGAGGGCAAGAUGGACGUGAGCGAACCGGGCGAGAGCGCCGGCUGCUGCUCCAAGUGCGUCAUCAUGUAA